GUUGGUGAUGGACAGGGAGGCCUGGCGUGCUGCGAUUCACGGGGUCGCAAAGAGUCGGGCACGACUGAGCGACUGAACUGAAGAGUGUGUCAAGCAAUGUAAACUUCUAUAGCAAAAGCUGAGCCACACCUUAAGGUUCCGUGAGAGACCUAGAAGUUUGCUUGAGAUGGAAGAUUCCUAUUUUCUACCGUCUCCUUCAACUAUAUAUUAGUAUUGAUACAAUCCCACUGCUGCCCCUGCACUACAUCCAACACUUGUUUUGAGAAAGUAGGUAAGAAGGAGUAAGAAAUUUUCCUCUUUGAGUCCCAUCUUUUGGGCCAGUACUUCCUAGGGUCAAAUGUCAAGCUAGAUGUCUCCUUGGUGCUUGGAGAGCACCCACCACUCUCAAAGCAGGGAGUCGGGUUGGAACUGGUCAGACCUACUAAACACCUGCACCUUGUCAGCCCAGUUAAUCAAGGUCAAGCUACCCUUUAUGUUGUCUCUUUUUCGACUCGAGGGAAUUAAUAGUCACGAUUAAGCCUUCUAGCCUCGUCACUGCCGACCACAAGGAGCGGCCCCUUAAGUCCACUGCACAAACGCAGAGUAUCAAGAACUCCCCAAGGGGGCGGUGGAGCGCCACAAAAGAGCUUCAGGCAUGCAAAGUCGUGCGGUCUCGCGGAGUGAAAAAUUACGCCCGCCGUAAAGGAUCCCUUGCAGGAAGUCGGAAACAUCUCAAUACAUUCCGGACAGCCGGUGUCUCCGAGCUCAAGCGUCUAAGACCACGCUUCCCACAUUUGAUCACUUUAAAUUUGGAUCAUCAUUUAAAUACUUUAAGUGAUCUUUUCUUGUUUCAUUUUGCUCAUGACACUUCAUUAGCUACCUGAUCAUUUUUGUAUCUGAACUCAUCAAGUAAAAUAUACGGAUGACUGGGAAUGUAAACAAGAACAAGCUGUUUGUUUUGUGAUGGCUUUUAGCAUGUACUGACAUACUGUUUGCAAUGGCAUCAGAGACUGAGAAGACUCAUGCUUUGCUCCAGACGUGCAGCACUGAAUCUCUUCUUUCCAGCCUUGGUCUGGGCUUAUUCUGCACAGUAGCUGACAGACUUCUUCAGUUUCCCAUAAUUCAACAAAAUGCCUGGCUUCGUGCACUUUCAGAUAAUUCAGUACACUGCGUGAUUGGCAUGUGGUCAUGGGCAAUAGUCAUUGGAAUCAGGAAGAAGACUGACUUUGGAGAAAUCAUUUUAGCUGGAUUUUUAGCCUCUGUUAUCGAUAUAGACCACUUUUUGCUAUCUGGAUCCCUGUCUUUAAAGGCUGCUCUGAGUCUUCCACGACGCCCUUUCCUUCACUGUUCUACUGUGAUACCCACUGUGGUUCUGACCCUAAAGUUUACAAUGCACUUCUUCAAGCUCAAAGACUCAUGGUGCUUUCUUCCCUGGAUGCUAUUUAUAUCCUGGACCUCACACCACAUCCGAGAUGGAAUUCGCCAUGGCUUGUGGAUAUGCCCAUUUGGAAAAACUUCUCCUUUGCCAUUUUGGCUUUAUGUAAUAAUCACAUCAUCUCUACCUCACAUCUGUUCAUUCGUCAUGUAUUUCACAGGGACCAGACAAAUGAUGUCUUCAAAACAUGGAAUUCAUAUUGAUGUGUGAGAUAACCACGUGGCAGUCUUUGAGGACCACUGGUUGAGACAAUGACAACCAACAUUAAAGUGAAUUUAAAACACAUAUAAGGCACUUAUAGUAAUUCUUAUAAUUCCUAAAUCCUCCUGCUCAGGAGGCAUGUACAUUUCUUAAAAAAUUAUCUGUAUUUGUUGUAUUCCUUUCUUCUAUAACACUGUAGUGCAAUAUCAGAGUUUCACUCCGUGGUUUAUUUUAUUAUUUCUUUUCUUUAUCUGGCUUUACUAAUAUUAUUAGAUUAACAUCCAAUUAAGUUUUCUGGAAAUAUACCUUUAAGGUAAUUCAUUUCCUGAUGAAAAACAGCUCAAAUUUUAGGAUGAUUAAUUUGUGGAACGUUAGCAUUUUAUUUGGAUCCAAGUUUUCCUGAGAUACUGAAACAAAAAAAUGGGCAAAGUAAAUGAGAUUAUGAACAAGAUGUAUAAUGAAUGCUAACAUUUCUUCAUUUCAUAUAUUUUGAUCCUGACUCAUUUGCCAAGUGCUUUAGUGAGUUGCGACUACUGGCAGAAACUGCUUUAGUGCACUUAUAAUAUUCUUAAAAGACAAUAGCAUUAGACCUAGAUUAUUGUUUCAGAAAUAACUUUGGGAAAUUAUUAUAAUGUGUUGGCUGUAGUAACAUUCUACCGAAGUAUUACUUUUCAGUAUCUUUGCCCUCAAAUCUCAUGUGUUGGAGUUUUAACUGUUUUGAAAAACAUAACUAAAUUUAACAAAAUAUUUGUUUAAAGUUAACAUUAACAAAAUAUUGAUACUUGACCCAUCACCAUAGAAUUCACAAAAAAGGACCUAACCAAUAAUGUCAUUUCAAAUGUAAGCUCCUGAAUGUGCCAUUAAAAUUGCUUUAGUUGCUAUCAAUUUGUUUAUAUGCUAUUCUAAAAUACUAUACCAGCUAAAUCAUUUCUUAAAAAUUUGCCUGAUACUGACAAUUUUUUUUUUUUCCAAAAAAGGUAGUAUUAAGAGAUUGGCUUUUUCCUCUGUUCUUUAAGUUGAUCUUCUGUUUAAAAAUGAUUAACCUUCAUUGGAGAAGGAAAAUUGAGUUGCUGUAAGCUUUACAUUUGCAGUUUAAUGUUACUUUGAUAUAAGUCAGUGCCCCCAAAGCACCUGUUUUUGUUUUUGUAGCAUUUGUACCAGCUGCUGUCUUCAGAUUUUCUUACACGUUUGAGUUUGUAAUGCUGGUGAUUUUGUGCCUUAAUCUCUGAGAAGUGAUGAAGCGAUGCCUUAUCCAAAGCAGGUUCUUCUUAAUAAGUUAACAGAGUUCUGUAAAUUGUUAUAAACGGUCAGGCUCUUCAGUUUUUCUUCUUCUUGUUAACUAAUUGGUUGCAAUCUGUUAUAUUUUAUAAAAUAAUUCACCCUUACAAUCCGUUCUUGUCUUUCCAGAGCAAUUACUGUGUCAAUUUGGUUGGUUUAAUAGUAUACAUUAUAUAGUGGGGGUAAAUUGAUUAAGGUAGAGAUUUUUUUAAAGCAUUUGAUUUUAGAAAUCCAUGGAAAUAAAGUUAUCUUGUGUCAUUUUUCUGACUGAAUUA